AUGAUAGAUCCCAAGUCUACCAUUGAUGCUCUCCUAUCAACCAUGCUCGUUCAACAACCGGCUUCUGGACACUCCAACCCAUUGUUUGGUCCUCCCGAUCCUUAUUUGGCUGCGGGCAAAUCCAUUCCACCCUCGGCCAAGGCUCUGGCCGAAUUUGGAAUCACUCCACGCAAGACGCCGGCUGACUUUGCUCCCGACGGCUCUCCCGAAUACCUACAAAGCAUUCAAAGUGCCAUGGAUCGUGGUUGGAAGAUUGCCACCAUUGAUGGUAUCAAACCCGAGGGUAGUCCGACAACGCUGCCAGGAUUUAGUGAGACACAUGGCAUUUUGCCCAAUCACAAUUUGAAUCUCUUGCCAAACAAUCCAAACGGAUUCUAUGCGCAAGUGGACUGGUCGUCGAAAUACUAUGCAGUUUUUGAUCACCUGCCAAUUGCCAUCUUUUGUUACUGCUUAGUGGAAUUCUUUUUUCUAAGACCUGGAAUUGAUUUCUACAAGGAAGAGAUCGAGGCCGACCCGACGGGAGCCACCAUUGAUACUGUAGCCGUGUUUGGAGUCCGCAUGGUGGCGGUUGCUAUCGUUUCUAUCUUGACGGUUGGAUUCUUUGGUACUAGUCAAUAG